AUGAAUGCAAGUGGAGCUGGGUAUGGUCAACUUCAACUUGGAGGGGAUGAAAAGGAAGGAAGGGAGAACAUUGUAAAAUUGACAGAUAUUAAAAAGCAUAUUUACAUGAGUGCACACUGUUAUUUGUACUCUCCAUCUGUGCUCUGGCCAGAGAUUGGUUUCCGGCAUUUCGCUUGGGCGAUCUUGAGCUUUCAGCGUAGCUACUUUUAUCUGGACAGAAAAAGGAAACAGUCAUAA